AUGACUGAUUCAUUUUUUACUAUCUUGCUUUACACUGGAAAUUCGUAUAAACUAACUAAAAAGAAAUAUCCGCCAUCUCCUCCUUAUUUUCAUGGAAGGCUUAGUAAUGGACCACUUUGGAUAGAUUAUUUCGCAUCAAAAAUUGAUGCCAAGUUAAAUAAUUAUGCUUUUGGAGGUGCUUCAUGCGAUGCCACAUUAGUACCAUCUGUUAUAGGACCAAAUAAUAUUUCUGUCCCUGGAAUUGCUCAACAAAUAGAUUUUUUUAUAUCAAAUGAUAUGAAAAAGUUUGAUCCCGCAGAUAUUGUAGCAAGUAUUGGAAAAAGAAUGGAAAAUUUGUAUUGUCAUGGUGCUACCAAUUUCAUUGUCGCCAGUGACACGCCAGCAGAUGUUAGUAUACCAGGGCAGGCCGUUGUUUUUUCUCCAGAAUUCAUACAACAAAUUAAUGAAAAAAUUGAACUACACAAUCAAUACGCAAAUGCUGCUUUAGAAGCAUUCAAAGUCAAACAUCCGGAUGUUAAUCUAUAUAUAGUCAGUAUAACUAACAUUCUUGACACAAUUUUGGCUCCUGAAUCACUAGAAAAGUUAGGAAUAACAGUUGUUGAUAUAGGUUGUAUACCUGAUGAUGGCUUUGCAGGAAAGAAUAGUGUGGUUUGUGAUGUUCCUGAGAAAUACUUAUUUUACGAUAACUACACUGCCCUCAACACUAAGGUUCAUGAGAAAAUGUCUGAAAUGAUUUUAACUUAUUUGGAAUAA